CAACAUAUGCGUCUUCACCACUGACUCUUCUUUGCCGCACAUUGACCGAAAUCCACCAACGCAGGCGCAACGGUUUUGAAUUACAUCCGAUUCGCUAGCGUACACCGGAAUGUCCAUGUUGCAGAUCUCUAAGAAAAUGUCUUUGCUGUGUAACGACUGGUCUUGUUGUACGGCCGAUGUGGACGCCGUCUCACCGGCAACAGAGCUUCGCUGACAACUAACGACAGGUGCAAAAACAUUUGACAAUGACAGACAAGUAUGACGAUUUUUUAUCAAAUGAUGAUGAUAUAUUAGCUUCUGUUUUGGAAGAAAGUCUAAGACAUUACAAUGAAGUGGAGCAACCAUUACGUACUAUAAACAAUCAGCCAGUGGCAGGGCCUAGUAAUUUGACUAAACCACUUGAAAAGUCUGUUAUAAUUGACUUAUGUGAAUCUCCAAAAAAGUAUUCCACUGUGCAGAGUAGGCUGUCGAAUUUCUUUACCAAACACAAAACUGACAAUACGAGUAUUAAUAUAACAAACAGUGAAUUAGUAAAUAAUUAUAGAUUUACUGAUCCAACAAUUAAUGUAGACCAUGAAUUUGAAAAUGAAAAAGGUUGUGAGGUUGCAAGUACAUCAGAUGCUUGUAAUUUUAGUCUUAGCAGCACGCCAGUUAUUUUUUAUCGGGGACCCGAGGCUGAAGGAUUUCACCUUUCUUCUGGAACACAUUAUGUCUAUCCAUCUAAUUUUCCAGUUCGACAAUAUCAAAUGGCUAUUAUUAAAACAGCUUUGUUUCACAACACUCUUGUCAGUUUACCAACAGGAAUGGGGAAAACCUUUAUUGCUGCUGUAGUGAUGUAUAACUUUUACCGUUGGUAUCCAACUGGUAAAGUUGUGUUUAUGGCUCCAACCAGACCAUUAGUUGCUCAGCAAAUUGAAGCAUGUCACUCAAUAAUGGGCAUUCCUAAAGAUAUGACUUUUGAAAUGACUGGAAAUAUACCACCUGAACAGAGGUAUUUAGCAUGGAAAAAGUAUAGAGUCUUUUUUCUUACUCCUCAAGUUAUGGCUAACGAUAUGGCAAUCAAUAAGUGUCCAACAGAAAUGUUGAAGUGUAUAGUUAUUGAUGAAGCUCAUCGAGCUACUAAAGACUAUGCUUAUGUUCAAGUACUAAGGCGUUUGAAAGAAGAAAAUAGAUUGAUUAGAAUAAUUGGCUUAUCAGCUACACCAGGAACAACUGUAGACGCUGUAAUAGAAGUUAUACAAAAUUUAAAUGUUUCAAGACUGGAAUUUAGAACAGAAGAAUCAUCAGAUGUAGUAAAGUACCUUAACAAAAAAGAUGUUGAGUGUAUACCUGUAAAGCUCAGCGAUGCAAUUCUCAACAUACGCUCUUCAUUUUUAGAUAUUUAUGAUAAAUAUUCAAGGCGUUUAAAACAGUACCAUGCUCUUAAUGGUAAUGUGACAAAUUUAAGCAAAUUUCAAAUUUUAGGUGCCAAACAAAAGUUUCAGACCAGCAAUAAUGCUAGACAAAUGCCAAAAUCAUUAGUUGGCUGUUUGAUAAACGAUUUUACUGUGUGUAUGUCAUUAGCUUAUGCAUUGGAGCUCUUGACUAUUUACGGAAUUAAAGUGUUUUAUUUGCAAUUAACUGAACUUUCAGAAAAUCAUAAAUGUUUGACAAACGAUCCCGAGUUAAGUAAACUCAUGCAUGACAUCAAUCAAGAGUUAAAUAAACAGGACUUAACAUGGAGUCAUCCGAAACUUUUUGAAUUAAAGAACAUUGUUCUUAAUUAUUUUGGAAUGGACAAUGCAGAUGCUAAUAGUAAAAUUAUAAUUUUUUGUCAGUAUCGAUUGGUUGUGGUAGAAAUUUUCGAACUACUGAAAAGUUUUGGCGAACCCUUAAAACCAGUAAUGUUUGUCGGGCAAUCUUUGAAAGAAAAAGGAGGACUACCUCAAAAGAAACAACUUGAAGUGAUGGUUCGAUUUAAAAGUGGCGAUUUUAAUGUAUUAAUUGCUACAAGUGUGGCUGAAGAAGGUUUGGAUAUUGGUGAAGUUGAUUUAAUCAUUUGUUUAGAAGCCAACCGGUCCCCUAUCAAGUUUGUGCAAAGACUUGGGCGUACUGGGCGUAAGAGAUCAGGAAAGUGUAUAACUUUGUUGACUGAAGGAAAAGAACAUUUGAAGUACAAGAGUAGUGUAUCAAGUAGUAAAACACUUGUUACAAAGUUAUUGAAAAACAAAAUGGUGCUUUCAAAGAUAGGCCAAGGAGGACCUAGAUUGGUGCCAAAGCAUAUUGAUCCAAAACUACUAAUGAUACACAUAAAGAAACCAGAAGAACAAUUACCUGAAGAAAAAAGAAAGAAAGGGAAAAGGAAAGGUACUGAUGACAUAAUGCAGUUCCUGGAUAAUAAAGAUGAAAAGAGCCUAGAUGGAUUUCAAAUUAGAGAUUUACCUAAAAAAAAAAAUAAGAAACGGAAAAUAACUGACGUUGAAUUAAAUGACAAAAUAAGUGUCUUAAAUGAAAACUCCAACCAUAUAGAUGUUGAAGAUAAUGUAUUUCAAAACAACAUCGCUGUUUCACCUUCAUCCAACGAUGCAAUGUUUGAUUAUGUACCAUCUCUUAAGUUUCCUACUGAAAAUGUUGAUGAUAAUUUUUCUGAAGAAUUGAAAUUAUUUAACGAGUGGCAACAAUCGUGUGAAGAUGCUAACUCCGUAAUAGUAAAUGAUUUAUUUUUUAAAAUGCUAAACUUAUUUAUAGAACCUUGUGACGACUUUCAAGAGGAAGAAAAAACAUUGGUGUAUACUGAAAAAUCCUCAACAGUACAGACAAAUGUUGUCAGUUGCACAGAUGACACAUUAACAAAAACUAAUUUUAAUUCUAUGUUAAAUAGUCAACGUUUUAUUAAAGAUAACAUAAAUGAUGAGAAUAUGUUAUAUGAUAAAGACAAUGAACUAGAUGAUCAAAAAAAUAUGGAUAAUUUAAAUUGUAGCUUAGACUUAAAAGAAACUCAUGAAUACUCUGAGAAAUUUAACUUCAAUGAUUUGUUUAAAAGCCAAAAGACUAGUGAACAGUUUGUUGAUUACUUAGAUAGGCCAACUGAGCAAUCGUCUAGUAGCCCUAAAAGUAACUCUGUUAUCUUUGAUCAAAGUACAGACAAUGAAGGUGAAAGCAAAAUUAACUUUGAGAAUUUGUUCAAGAGUCAAAGAGUUAACAAGUACAUUAAUGAUUACAUGCACAAGAUAACUGAACCUGAGCACUCCAAUGAUGGUAACACCAUUGAUUUACAAAUCAAUUUACAACGCAGUCCAGUGAUUAGUAGUGGUAGGAAUAGUAUCGACAUAGACUUCCAUUCUGAUAGUGAUUUAGAAGAGAAACUUGUAGAGAAAAUAGAUUUUGAUGAAAUGUUUAAAAGUCAAAGAGCGAACAGGUACAUUGAAGACUACAUGGAUAGAAUAACCCAACCAAAUAAACAUUCAAAUAAUAUGCAGGAGAAUUCCAAGCACAGUUGUGAUUUCUUAGUUAGUGAAGUCAGCAAAGCAGCUGUGACAUAUGAAACAAAUGAAAAUGAAUGUAAAGGAAAUAUUAAUUUUAUUGAUUUGUCCACAAGUCAAGAAUCUGAAACUAAGAAGACAGCAAAGAAAUCUAACAAAAUCAUAGAUUUUGAUGAGUUGUUUAGUGAUACACCAAACAAGUUUAUUGACUGUUACUUAGACAGAUUGAACAAACCAGUAAAACAGUCAACAAAGAGUGAUAAUAAAAUUUUGGCUCAUUUGGACAAUGCCGCUGAUGACAUAAUAACGAUACAAGAUUCUCCUGUAUUUAAAAACGGCCAGAUUAAAAAACAAGCCAUUCCAUCAAAUUGUUCUAGUCCUGAAUUUAUUGAUAUAACUACACCAGAAUAUACGGAAGAGAUUUUUAGUCCUAAAGUUCAAACGCUCUCCCCUCAAGUGAAGUACCGUAGUUCUGAACAAAAAACUGAAGAAAUACCGGAUGAUUUUUGGGAUGAUUCAAAUCAAAUGAGUCAACCCGAAGUGUUAGAUAAGAAAGAAAUAAAAAAAAAAGACAAAAUUAUUAGCCACAUAAAACCCUUUGAAGACAACAAUAGUGUAGAUAGUGAUGAUAUGGAUUUUCUGUUUAUAAAUUAUCAAUCUAAAAAUGAUGAAAAACAUGCUGUACCACAGGUUUCGCCUGAUACUCUGGGGGCACAAAAUUCUAGGUGUUUGACCAAUGAAGUAAAACAGCUUACUGUAAAUGAUUCGGCCAAAGUGGAUGUAACCCAUUCAUCAGUUAGAAAACUCUCUUCAAUAUCAUCACCAUUAAUGUGUAUGCAUUCUGGAUUUCCAAUUACUACCAAGAAGAGUAUAGAUUCAAAAACAGCCGUGGUGUCUUAUGAAAACAAUCCUGAACAAAACUCAAAAAAAUCUCAAACUGGAAAACCAAUUGAAUCUGAAAUGAUGUCUUUAGACAAUCAAAACAGAUUAAUUGUAAAGAGCCCUAUCAUUAAAUCAAACACUCAACCAUUUAGAAACCAAAUGACGCAGCCAUAUAAUAUUGGUUUGCCGUUUGACACCAAUCUAGGUUUGUUAAAAGCUUGCAAUCUGUUAAAACCGGGAUUUAGUUUGAAGAGAAAUCUGCUAAAAACUACUAAAGAACAGUCUACCAAAGCAAGUUAUGUUGUAGCACAACAUUCAGAAGACUUCUCUCCAAUUCAACCUAAGCGUUCACUCACUCGCACAGAGUCUACUCCAAAGGUUCCAUUUAUUAAAAAUAAAAAUUUUUCUUCCAAAGCAAAUAUGUUGCAACAUAAUCCCAUAACUGCUAAAGCUUCAUCUCAAUUAAUAGCUAAUAAUCCUGGACAUUUGUUACCAUCUUCAAGUGAUGAAGAUUCUGAUGUAUUUAUAGACAGUAAAAGGAAAUCAAUCAUUCCAACAAAACAGUCAACAUUUAGACCAAAAACUAAACAUAAAAAGAAACUAUUGUUUGUUGAUGAUGAGGCUGAAGAAAGUUUUGACUGUAGUGUAUCCAAAUCAUCUAAUGAUGAGAGUCGGGAAGACGAUGGAGAAUUUGAUUCCAGUUUCAUAGAUGACUUGGACAAGACAGACGUGGCAUCAAUAAGUAUGACAAAGCAGUACUUACAAUCCGUUAAGAGUCCAGCAGUAGGUCGAGGGGUUUUCAAAAUACCAAAAUUAACGACACAACAUUAUAAUAUAGAUGUUUACUCUCAAGCAAUUGCCCAUAACAACGAUAGCAGUUAUAUGGAGGAUUCAUUUUGUGUACAAGAUGCUUCCGACUUACAUACAUCGUCUAGCACAAGCGCUCAUCAUACCACUGAUGAAUGUUUAUCUCCACCGCCAACAGUGAAGUGUAAACCAGCAAAAAGGAAACGUAUAUUAUCACCUCACAACAGUGAUAGUGAUGAUAGUCCAGAUCAGUUUCAUACAAAUACUCUACAUAAGAGAGUUAAGAUUGGCAAUUUGUUGGAUUCCAGUUAAACAGUUUUUUUAGUUUCUUAAUAUUUGAUUUCAAGGGUAGGUAGACAUAUCAUAGAGUGUCCUUCAAAUUCCUUUAACAUUAUUUUAUGUAAUCUUUAAAAGUUUAAAAAUAUAAAUAUAUUAACUGUUGUUUUAUUAGUGUGAUAUAAGUAUUAAACUAUUAUAUUGUACAUUACAAAGAAAUUACAUAGAAUUUAUGUGUUAUAAACGUUUUCCAUUGAUAACAAUACAUAUAAAAAUCAUUGCAUAAACUUCAAACUUUGUAUUGGUUAAUUUGUAAAAAAUAAGCUUGUAUAAUUUUCAUAAUGGCCAUUUUAAUAACAGUGAGUGGACUCCAUUUCCCAAUUCUAGCUCACUAAGGAACACAAAAGUCUAAAGUGUUUAAUAG